CUCAGACCUCUUCAGAGCUGUGGGAAGCAGCUUUCCUGUUAGGAUCUUCUCUUGCAGGUAAGUGCUCUGCUCUGAGAACAAGUAAGUGCUCUUUUCCCUUUGAAUAGAAAUUUAGUGUUAAAUUAAAAUAGAUAUUGAGCUGAGAUGAGCAGUCUCUGGAACAGCUUGCUGACCUUCAAAUCUCUGUGGCCAUCUUCUAGAUUAGUCUUUAGCACUGACUGGUGAAUCAGUGCAACUGAGAGAGGAAUAAAACUGGGUGUAGCUUAUUGGAUGACAGCUUCAGGAUGACAGCAGUAUUUUAGGUAGGAAGGAGUAAUCCUCUUCACUGGCAUGAAGGAGAUCUGAAUAUUUUGGGUGUUUGCUGUACCAUGGUUUCUUCCUGAGAUCAAGACAGCUGUUGUGCAGAGGGGUGGGUGGGAAUGUCAAGGAAUGGAAACUUUUCCAUUCAUGCCUGCAGUUGCUGUAGUUAAGAGCUAACCCUGGAGUUGUCGAGGGCAGCAACAUGCCUGGCUUCUCUUUGUUUGAGCCCAGCUAUGCUGUAGCUGCUGAGUUGCUCAUUUCUGUCAGGAGUAAAAUCCCUCUAUGCGUGUUCAGAGCUGCAGCUCCAGACAACUUGGGAACUUUUCAUUUCAAACACAGGAAGUGCCAUGAGCAAGGUGGUUGAGCAAGAGUUUCUCAAGUUCACAAUUUUCAAAGUAGGUAGGUGCUUAUAUUUCAGUGAAAUCCUUUCCACUAUCCUCACUCCUUUUCUAAUCUAGACUUUGCUGACUAGUUUAUUUUAAUUGAGUAAUUCCAUUGUUUACACUGAACAUAAGCUUCAGUGUAAAAGAUUGUUCAGCAUUUCUUGAUCUACACUUUGCCAGUUGGAAGCAUCUAAAUUGCAGCAGUAUCUCUGACACUGAUAAUGAUACGCUGAGUGGGAAAGGUAGAGUGGUGUGAUAAUUGUGGAUAAGUCCUUGGCUUAUUUGUCAGUGAUUACUACAACUAUAUAAGCUUUCAUAAAGAGUUUAGACAUCUCAGAACAGUGUGUAGAAUGUAGCAAGAAAUGUAGGUGUCUAUAACCUGAUUUUUUUAAAUACACCAAAUCCAGUUGCAGUCCAAUUGUAUUUAAUUCUUACGGGCUUCAGGCUGAUUGUGUGCCCACCUGGUUAUUAGAAGUAUUAGAAGUCCCUCUGUUUCCCUUCUCAGAAAGCCAUUGUUUUAAUUCUUAGAAUGUUUUAGUUUUAAGAGUGGGUAAACAUAGUUUGUAUCUGGCAGCUAGAUACCUUAAUAUGUUGAUAUUUUACUAUUUAUGACCUGAGAUGGAAUUGAUUUGAUGAAUCAAGGUUUUUUUAUUGCACACAAAUUGAGGGUGAACCAUGAAGGUGGAUUGGACGUCUUUGGCUGUAUUGAGAAAAGCAACCAUUAAAAAAAAGCACCUUGUGAAAGAAUUUGUGUUUUAAUUAAUUGGUGAGUGUAGAAAGUGGUUUGCUUAGGUUUUGGUUGGGUUUUUUCAAUGAUAUAAGGUUUUUAGGCACUGAAAGUUAUUUCAUGUCCUAGAACAAAUUAAUUCAGCUGCAGAACCUGUUACCAGUGUUAAGUUGGAACUUGGGAAUUGGGUCAGUGAUUACCAGGAGCUCAGUGUGCCUUUCCUUUGGGUAUUGAUAGCUGUCAACUUUUCUUGUAUUAUUUCAAAGCAAGACACAGAACAAAUCAGGUGACAUGUGGACACAGUUUUCUGUCUGAGGACUCCUCCUGAAACAGUUUGCCAUUAAUGCAGUUGUUUGGUGGAGUUUACCUUUCAACAUCAAGAGAAUAAGCUGAGCUUUAAUGAGCAUGGCAUACAUACUGAAGACACUCAACAGCUGGUUCUGGUGGGAGAAUAUCUGGAUGCCCAUCAACUGCACGUGGGCAGAUUUUGUGGACCGUGAGGGACUCGUGUUUCCCAAACCACAUCAGUUGUAUGCCACAAUCCCAUAUGCUUUUGUACUGCUGAUCAUCAGGUUCUUCAGUGAAAGAUAUGUUGCUAUACCUUUAGCAAAAGCCCUGGGUAUAAAGAACGUAAGACGUGUGAAGCCACAGCCUAAUCCUGUGUUAGAGAGUUAUUUCCGGGAGUGCUCAAGACAACCAUCCCAAUCAGAGAUCAAAGGCCUUGCCAAGAAGUGCAACUGCACUGUUCAUUUGGUGGAGAAAUGGUUCAGGCGACGGCGAAACCUGGAGAUCCCAACCGUGCUCCGGAAAUUCCAGGAAGCUUUCUGGCGAUUUUCAUUCUAUUUGACAUCCUCCAUUGUUGGAUUUAUAUUUCUGUAUGAUAAACCCUGGUUUUACGACAUAUGGCAGACGUGGGUUGGUUAUCCGUUUCAGACCUUGCUGCCAUCCCAGUACUGGUACUACAUGGCCGAGAUCGGCUUUUACUGGUCUCUCAUAUUUACCCUGGGGAUCGACAUCAGGCGGAAGGAUUUUAUGGCUCACGUCGUUCAUCACCUGGCAGCCAUCGGGUUGAUGAGCGGCUCUUGGUGUGGCAAUUACGUGCGGCUUGGAACUCUGGUGAUGUUCGUGCACGACACUGCGGAUUUCUGGCUCGAGGCAGCCAAAAUGUUUAAUUAUGCUCGCUGGGAGAAAACUUGCAACAUACUGUUCAUCAUCUUCUCUAUUGCAUUCUUCAUCACCAGGAUGAUCCUGUUCCCCUUCUGGAUUCUUCGUGCCACACUAUAUCAGCCUACCUACUACUCCACCACCCCUGUCAUAGCAUAUUUCUUAUUCAAUGGGAUGCUAUUAACCCUCCAAGGCUUGCAUUUAUAUUGGGGUUACUUAAUUUUCAAGAUUUUGAAAAGGUUCGUUUUCCUAAAGGACUUGAAAGAUGAUCGGAGUGAUGAAGAGGAGGAAGAUUCUCUUACAGACACUGAAGAGGAGUCCACAAAGAGUGGCACCAAGAACAGCAGUGGGUCAAGCAAACACCUCCUAAGCAGCAGUCACCACUAGCCCUGUCCUGCCUCACCUCCUGCAGUGAUUCCUGCUCUGGUUUCAGCCCAACCUACAGGACAGGAUUUAAGUCAAAAGGCUUGUGAGAGACUGUGAUUGAUUUAUUGUUGGCUACUGGACCUGGAAAACAGCCCAGUUUAGAGGGGAGGGAGAAAUUGCAUAACAUGACAAAAUGUGUUAAUGACCCACUUUCAGAAUCGUUGUGGAGUGUGUGGAAAGAUGUUUGGACACGCUGACUGACAGUGCUCCACAAGGGCAAAGCUCAAGACAGUCAAGUAAUUUAGUGUCCCGUUGAUUCUAAUGUUGUUUUUCAAUCUGAUAUAAGAUAUAUUUCAUCAAACAAUUUAAAGCACAGAUGUUUUGUGGUAGGUAGGUAGUGUGAACUCCAUUAGGAACCAGAAUUACUCAAUGUGGGAAAAAUUUGAUAGUGCUGUACAGUGACUGGCAUUUUAUCUUUACUUUUCCGUUUAAACCCUCAUCAAAAUGGGAAUUUUUCUGACUUAUAUUUCAUUUCCUGGAGGCCAGAGGAAGUGAACAUGGAGGAAUUCAAAUUACUUGUUUCUGAAGGGUUGGCUUCAGUGUAGAAAUAUAGUCUUUCUCUGAAGUGAUAGAUAGCUGAAAUAUUGUGUCAAGGAAGUCACUGUUAAAACACCAAAAGUCAGCCCCAAUUCUCCAUUGAGCUCCAGGCUUCUCAAAUGCCUUUCAGUCAUUUUGGCCCAGUGUUAGAACAGAAGGUGCAGAGGGGAUGAAGAGGGGAAAUGGAAAUUGGGAAAAACUCUGCUCCUCACUCAUCUUCAGACCAGAAAGUUAAAACCAACUCUCAUCCAUUCCCUUCUCGUGACCUUGUCUCACAGCUUUGGAUGCUGCCUUCUCUGGAGCAAGACCACCAAGUUGUGAUUUGUGGUUCUGGAGUGUUCAUUGCAGGUACCUGGGCGCUGGGGAGCACAGGACUGGCACAGGAUAUCACACUGACACUGCUGUGGGUUCUUGAUACCAGGAUCUGUAUUUCCAUCUCUGCUCUUUUAUAAAAUGGGGAAUCACAUCAGCUAGAGCCAAACUUGGAUGUAUGUGACUUCAGCCACAGGCUGUUGUUUAUGCUGUAACCAGUGGGUAACAGCUCCUCUUACCCAAAGUGCCUCUAUCCUAAAUUUGCACUUCUGUGCUAACACAAGUGGGGCUGCAGCAGCAUUUUCAGUCCCAGGGCUCUCCAUGGAGAGCCCAGGCCUUGUAAACAGGGUGGUGCCAGUCCCAUUUCCCUCUGCAUUAGCUCACAGGGUCAUAAAGGAUUUGUGUCAUAAGUCUGGGAGGCGAGAGGCUCUGCAUUGCUUCUACAGUAGCUGAGAUCAUCUGGGGAGCUAAAUCCAGUAGUUUGAUGGAGGCCAGGGGACCACUCCUAGAGCAGCCUCAGUCAGAGUGUUCGGGUCAGAACGGCUCCGUUCCCCUCCAGCAGGAAUUGGUGACCUACGGGAAGCGUUACAGGACUGACUUGUUUUCCCAAGGUUUCCUUGGCAAGUGGGAUGUAAUUCAGUGACUGAAGCAUUGAAAGAAUGGGAAAUGCUUGGGAUCUCAGAUAUGGAGAAAGAAGUCAGUUUCAUGCAGUUACAAGACGCUGUCGGAGGGCUUUGGUACAGAGGCUUUUUUUACAGUGUCCACAUUUUCACUUGUAUUUUGACCAUUUUGGACCCAAAUGUGCAUGUUUUACCACAAAGGGAAUUACACUGAGGAAGGAGGGUGGCCAACAGCUUCUGAGAAGGAAGGGAGAUGUGUGGUGGUGGAAAAGGACCCCUGUCCUGGUGCUUGUAGUUCAGUGGUGCCACUUGGGCUGAGUGGGCAGAACCCUGUGAGCAGCCUUUGGCCACCAGUGCCCUUCCUGCAUGGAUGAGAACACCUCGAAUACUGCAGGGAGGCAGUAUGGGGAGUGUAAGCACUGAUGGCAACAUGUAAAGCAACUGGAGAGUUUGGCAGGGGCACAGUUGUUGUCGGGGCCCGUUUAUUGCCUGCAUGAAAAACACUUUCCUAACAAAACGUGGAAAUCCGGCGUCUUGGAGGAUUUACACUUCCUUGGGAGAGACAACGGUGCUUUCUUUGAGAUGUAACGGGGUUUUGGGAGGUGGCCAGGGUAUUAUCAUUUGAUUUUGGUGCCAAAAGCUUUCCUCCUAUGACUAGGAAAGGAAUUUAGGAGAGGAAACACAAAGGAUGAUGUUGUCACAGGAAUGAGCCUCUGAACAACUACUGAUUUUUAAACUGGAAUUUAUAGUCUCCUUGAGGCCAAAACUUUGCCUUUGCUACUCAGGACAAGUCUCCCACUGAAGCCAAUUAACUCUAUUGGAGUCUUGCCUAGGAGAAAUUUUGGACUGCAGUUAUCCAACCUAAUUGCAAGAAAUGUUCUAAGUUGAUGUGAAACUGAGAUCUUAGGGGAAGAACAAAAGGUAUAUAAAUACACUCAGAUAUAAAACUUUGAGGCAAAAUUUGGGUGAGUACAGAAGAAUAUGAAAGAAAGUAGCAUCCUGAAGGUGAAGUCUGGGCAGAGUAAGCAACUAAGUAACAUUAUAGGGGGAGGGGGUGGAAGGCAGGCAGGCCAUGGAGGGCCCUUUUCUGGGGUUAUUGUCAUGGGUAACCAAGGGGAUUAGACCUAAAAAUUCUGAAUGUAAACUACUAGGUCCUAGUAAUAAAUACCCACAGCACAGAAGGAGGUGAGAAUGAGCUGUCAGUGUCCUCUGUUAACAUCAGAUUGGUCAUUCCUGCAGUUAUGUGCAUUUAAUUUCCCCCUUUUUACUGAUGGAAACUCAGAAACAAGAAGCUGAGGUCAUGGGGGCACAAUUUCUGCUAAAGAAGUUUGUCAUGGUGCUUCAAGAUUUUCAGUCUAUUCAAUGCAAUGCAAUGAAGAUUCAGCAUUUUUAUAAUCUUGUUGUACAAAGAAUCUCAAAGUCCAGGUGCAGAACAAUUAGAGGUGUGUGUGGGAGCACAGAUAGACUCUAACAUUUUCUUUUUACCAUUUCACAAAGUGUGUCCUGGUUCAAUGAGUUGACACUGUGCACGUGGCUUUGCUGUGUCACUUUGACUGUGCCACAUAUUUCUGAUAGAGCUCUAGACUGCAAAUCAAAUCUUAGUCCAUAACAUGCAGGGGAAACUCUUCUGUUCCAUUUAAUUUCUCUGGGUUUAGUUCAGGUAUUCCUGUCUGUGUGUACUCUGCUUCCUCCAUACUUGUGUCAUAAUUAGAUUUACCAGCCUGCUCUGGAUUGGGUUUACAGAUCUUCCUUACUCCACAGAACUCAUUUUGGCUAUUCAUGUUAUUUGGUAUAAUUACCUUUUUUUGGUCUUAACGCCACUGACUUUGGUAAGUUGAAAUACACACUACAAAUAAAUAUUUUU